CGUGUGGCGGCUUUGUGUGAUGGACCUUCAGGUGUAACACCUCAUGCAGAAGCGAUCCAAGUGAAGCUGGUUUCUGUUUUCUCGUGCUCAUGUAGUGCCGUUCAAUAAUUUACGAGCCAGCGCAGUAUCGAUGCCCCAGUUUUUCUCUCUCCAGCCUGAUAACACUCAGGCAACAUUAUCAGUCACUUGGACGAACACGUUUAUCACAAACCACCUUUAGUAGAUAAGAACAUAAAACACAAUAAAAAAGACUCCAGCUCUGAAGGUGACUUUCCGCCGGCUGCAUAAGGACUUUAGAAAGAGUAACGAUGUCGGGACCGAACAGUGACCAACUUCAUAGAUCCACUUUACGUUUAUACGUGAACCUGAUGGAGCAUUUUAACCCAGGGCUGCAGAAGCUGGUGGCUUUGGGUAACAGCUACACCCAGGCCUUUCAAGCCUUGGCGAUGACGGGCGAGGCCUACUUCAGCAUGCUGGCCAAGAUGGGGGAGAAGGCGCUACACAGUGCAUCCUCACGUUCGUUAGGAGACGUCCUGAUGCAGAUCUGUGAGAGCCAGAGGAGGCUCAUCGCCGAACUGAAGGGAGUAUUUAACUGGUUCCACGCUGAAGUGUUGCAGGAGAUGGACAACAAUGUCCGCCUGGACAGAGACUACAUAUCGAGCAGCAUGAGGUUCUACGAGGUGGAGGUGAGGAACCAGGCAGCCACACUGGAGCUACAACUGAGGCGAGGGGCGUAUCGGGACUCGCUGGAGGGCAGCGAGUACAUGCAGUACCUCCGGCAGAGUCACCACGAGGCCCUGAAGGAGGAGGAAAGGAGGUACCGCUUCCUAGCCGAGAAGCACUGUGGCCUCACCCAGUCCCUGCUGUAUCUCAUCAACAAGACAGGGGGCGCCGUCCAGCUGAAGGCCGAGGGCUGGAAGGAGCUGGUGAACGAGACUCGGAGCUCGAGGCCCCGAACCCCCACCGCUCUUGACCAGGGGGCAGGGCGACAAACCUCUGCGGGUUCUUUCCUGAGUGUGGGAGUGAGAGAGGAGGACAGAGGCUGGGCUGGCAGAGAGGAGCAGCCGCUUGGCAGAGUGCCCUCACGAGCACCCUCCCCGGUCCCCAGCCGCUCGCGCUCCAGCUCAGUGGGGGACUCUCUGGGCAUGGGGGCUGGCAGGCAGAUGCGAGCUCUGGCCCCCCACCACCCGACGUCCAACCCCACACUGCUGCCGUUUGCCCAGGGUGACGUGGUGACCGUGCUGGUGCCCGAGCCCCGGAACGGCUGGCUUUACGGUCGGGCCGAGGGCAGCCUGCGACAGGGCUGGUUUCCAGCUGCCUACGUUGGGCCUUUAGAGGACACAGACAGAUUAUAUGGGUCCAGCCACGACCUUCGACCCCACGGCACUCCUACCCUCCGAAGUCACAGCUUGAACAACCUGCUGGCACAGAAGGAUGAGAGCGACUCGGCCGGGCAGAAUCGCAACGGAGUCCCGCCUCCCGCUCCACCCCUAAACUCCAGUUCGGCAAACCUGCGCCCGACCACGCCCACUCCGGAUAGGAGGGCGGGGCCGCCCUCAGACAGCAAGAAAGCGCCGGAGCAAGCCCUCCGUCCGGAGCUGUUCCCCAGGGGGACAAACCCCUUCGCGACGGUGAAACUCCGCCCCACCACCACCAACGACAGAUCGGCUCCGCGGAUCCACUGACGUGUCGGCAGGCGGGCGUGCCGCUGGUUUCCGCUCCGGCGAAACGAGGCAGAACAAGGCUGCGGGUGUCGGAACCAGGGCUGGCCAUCCCCGGGAUUUUCAUAUCGUUUCUAAAAGUAGGCAAAUGCAGUUUGAGGUCAUAUUUUUAGAAACGGUGUUAAAUACAAGGUCUGGGUAUUGACGUCAUGGGCCUCACGCCCUCCCCGGUGUUUUACCCAUCUGGAAAUGCACCAUUUGAUGCAAAACCGACCAAAUAAAA